UCUACCUGUUAAGUCUUCUGAAACGCUCUACCGUUCGCAGGGCGCCGGUUUCAGAUAAUAUUGUGCAUACAAAUAAACCAUGUACGUACGUACGUCGCCAAUUUGACGACUGGGAGGAGCUUCUAAAUACUUGAUUGACUUCAAUACCUAAUCGAAUUGUUAAACACAUCAAUUAAAAACAAUACAUCCGCAUGCCGGUGCAGCUACUCGAUAUACAUAGUCAAAGAACUCAACGAACAUUCAAAUCUUCUUAUCUCAUUCUGGGUACGAUGGGCAUGAAACUUUAACAGUGCUUCAUUCUACAUUGUUAGUGCAAACAAAGGGUGCAACAAUCUUUUUGUGAUACAAAAAACGAAAUACAUAUCGUGAAAGGAUGUACUGUUCCUAUCAUUUACAGACAAUGCAAGAUAUAAUUUUAUCUUAAUGUUUCCACAAAGAUGAAUACUUGUUGCAUGUCACUUGCUUGUCAGCAGUUGGAAGUUGUGGAACAUAUUCAAGUUAUUUGAUACUAUUUUCGUAAUUGUAACAAACUUACAUAGUUUGCAACCGAGAAAAGUUAGCUACUUCUCCGUCACUGUCAAAGUAAUUUUACAACUGUAGUAAUAUUCUGAAAACAGUGAAGUAUCCAUUGCAUAAAUUGUCAUGAGUCUGCCAACCCUAUUUGAAUAUUACGCUUCAUCCCAAGUGACCUCUGGACUGGUCCCAAAAGCAGAUGGAUUCUACCUAAAUGGGAAAAAAAUUACUUUGUGCAGUGGAUCUCUUCAUUACUUUAGAGUUCCCCAAGAAUACUGGAGAGACAGACUACGAAAAUUCAGAGCAGCUGGUCUCAAUGCAAUUGAAACAUAUGUUCCCUGGAAUUUGCACGAGCCUGUGAGAGAUUCAUAUGACUUUGGAGAUGGCAAUAAUGAUUAUUCAGAUCUCCUUGAUAUUGUCAAGUUCAUACAAACGGCCCAAGAAGAAGACCUAUUUGUGAUCGUUAGACCUGGACCUUACAUUUGUGCAGAAUGGGACUUUGGUGGACUUCCAAGCUGGCUCUUGAACGAGGACGGAAUUAAGUUGAGAACCUCAGAACCUAAAUUCAUGAAACGAGUCACCAACUAUUUCAGUAAACUCUUGCCGCUCUUCACUGAUCUCCAGUUUACAAAGGGUGGAUCAAUAAUUGCAUUCCAGGUCGAGAAUGAGUAUGGUUCGGUUGAAUCGGAUGGAACCGUUCCCGAUAUUGAGUAUUUGAAAGCCGUGAAAAAACUGUAUGAGGAUCAUGGCCUGGUUGAGUUAUUUUUUACUGCAGAUACACCAACCCUGCACAAGGAUGCUGGAAGCCUUCCAGGAGUAUUGCAAACUGCUACCUGCAAAAUUUAUCCAGAUGCGGAAUUAUAUUUACUGAAAGAGCUGCAACCUGAUAAACCUUUAAUGGUCAUCGAAUACUGGACUGGCUGGUUCGAUCACUGGCUGGAGCCAUACCAUUCCAUCGAGCCAGUUGAUGCUUAUGCCGAUCGACUAGAAAAAAUUUUGAACUUUCCGUCAUCCGUUAAUUUCUACAUGUUCCAUGGAGGCACAAGCUUUGGCUUCAUGAACGGAGCGAAUGUGUUCACUCAUUAUCAGCCAGAUGUAACAAGUUAUGAUUACGACGCGCCAAUAUCAGAAUCUGGAGAUUACACGGAGAAAUACUACAAGACUAAGGAGAUUCUGGCGAAAUUUCAAACUGUAAAAACUAAGUUACCAGAGCCGCCUGCAAAAACUCCAAAAUAUGCUUAUUCUUCUAUUAAGGCAAUAGCUCAUUUGGACUUUGAAGAUCUCCUUGCCCAAGUGGGUGCAGAGUUCAAAGUUAAGUUACCAAAUGUGACAAACAUGGAGAAUUUGCCGAUCAAAAAUGGAAAUGGUCAAUCGUAUGGAUAUAUAAACUACAGAAAAAAAGUCUCACUGAACACAAAAUCUACCCUAAAAAUAUCAGGCUAUGUAACAGACACUGCCAUGGUGCUUGUCGAUGGAGAAUUGAAGAGCAAGCCAUUAGAAUCUGUCGAAGAUAUAAACGGUUUUGGUUAUUGGAUGCAGAAAGAUGCAGAGUUGACUAUAAAUUCAGACAAAGGAGGCAGCCAGACUUUGGAUAUCAUUGUUGAAAAUUGGGGACGUGUUAACUUUGGAGUGCUUUCUAACUUUGAUCAAAGGAAAGGUUUGUGGCAAGGUCCAGUUUACCUUGAUGGUAAUGAGCUCAAAGAUUGGGAAAUCUAUGCACUGGAGUUUACUUCUAAAUGGGUGAAGUCAUUGGAAAACUGGAAGCAAGGGCCUGCUACCAACAAAGUAGGGCCUACUGUUUCCAAAUUUGUUUUGCGUUUAACCGAAGUCUAUGACACGUUCAUUGACUUGAGGAGCUGGUCCAAAGGGAUAAUAUUUGUGAAUGGCUUCAAUCUGGGCAGAUAUUGUCACUUAGGACCGACCGGAACUCAGUAUUUACCAGCACCACUGCUCACGAAAGGGGAAAACGAAAUUUUAGUGUUUGAUCACUUCCAAUCAAACUCUGAACUAAGUUUCUUGGACUAUCCCAUUCUGGGAGAAGCCAAGGCUUGCGAGUAGGUAUGGUGAUAUGAGUCAUGUUAAAAAAGGAAACAAAAAAAGUGAGCUACUACCUUGAUACAUGCCCAGUUAUCCUACAAUAACACGUAUUACAUUGAAUAUACAGAAACUUAUGCACCAGAAUUUUUAUACUUAUUCAAGACUUAUCAAUAAAUAAUCAAGGCUUGAGGCUGUUA